GCCUUUGACAACGCUACACUAUAAAAUCCCAAUUCUCUCUCUAUAAAUAAUCACUCACAAAUAACACUAAAACCUGCAACCAAAAUUCAAAUUAUAACUUCAAAAUGGCACCACCUCGUCCCUAUAUCUCCUUCUUCAUUCUCUUUUUUCUCACCCUCUCUCUGCAUUUGGCUGAGGCUGCUUCAAACUUUGGCCCUUCAGAUUGCAAGCCGAGGUGCAGUUACCGAUGCUCGGCGACAUCGCACAAGAAGCCAUGCAUGUUCUUCUGCCAAAAGUGUUGUGCAAAAUGCCUGUGUGUGCCUCCAGGCACCUAUGGGAACAAGCAAGUUUGCCCUUGCUACAAUAACUGGAAGACUCAGCAAGGAGGUCCCAAAUGCCCUUGAAAUUCUCUGCCAUCACAUAGAUCUAAGGAUUCUUAGAGGGAAGAAGACAAAAAACUAGAGAUUUCUCAUAUGUUCAAUAUUAACUUUUGCAUCUCUUAAGAGGAUUAAAUAUAUGUUUGGUUCUUGAUUUUAGCUUACCUUGUGUGGUUGAUAAAUGGUGAUAUUCCCAUUAUUAAGUUAUGAUAAAAGAAACGGAGAAAUUAGAUCAUUUCAGAGCUUGUUUGUUAAGGACUCGUUUUGUAACGUUCUCGUUUUUUGUUUCUCGUU